CGCCCUUGCUGCGCAGGCGAGGAGACCCCGCAGUGAGCUGCCAACGCCCGGCGAAGGGAGAGAGGAAAAAGAGCUCUGUGAGAUUCAUCUUGAACCUGAUAAAAUAGCAGACUUCAGCUAUGCAGACAAUUAAGUGUGUAGUUGUUGGUGAUGGUGCUGUUGGUAAAACGUGUCUUCUAAUUUCCUACACAACAAACAAAUUCCCUUCGGAAUAUGUACCAACGGUAUUUGAUAACUAUGCUGUAACGGUGAUGAUUGGUGGCGAGCCAUAUACUUUAGGCCUGUUUGAUACUGCAGGGCAAGAAGAUUAUGACAGGUUACGGCCCCUCAGCUAUCCACAGACAGAUGUGUUUCUGGUCUGUUUCUCAGUGGUCUCACCAUCUUCAUUUGAAAAUGUGAAAGAAAAGUGGGUACCUGAAAUCACUCACCAUUGUCCAAAGACUCCUUUUUUGCUUGUUGGGACCCAAAUUGAUCUCAGAGAUGACCCUUCAACAAUUGAGAAACUUGCCAAGAAUAAGCAGAAGCCUAUUACUCCGGAGACUGCCGAAAAGCUGGCGCGGGACUUGAAGGCUGUCAAAUACGUGGAAUGCUCUGCGCUCACACAGAAAGGCCUAAAGAAUGUAUUUGACGAGGCGAUAUUGGCUGCCCUGGAGCCUCCGGAGCCGAAGAAGAGCCGCAGGUGUGUGCUGCUAUGAACGUCCCUUCACGGCCCCUUCUGCAAAGCUGGUGUUGAUGUCAUACUAAAAGCAAUGUUGAAAUUGAGAUAAAAGAUUCAGAUUUUCCAAUUGGUUUUUUUGCAAUAAUGACAAAUGCCGUGCACCCUGUUCCCAUACCCUCCCUGUGUGAAAUGGAAAUGUUAGUGCUCUUCUCCAGUGCCCUUCAGGUAGACUAAUUUUUUAAAAAAUAAUGUAUUUCAACAAACACUGAUAAGUACUAGUUUUUUUGUUUACUGUUUAAACUUUUGUUUUUAAAAUUCAGGCAUGCUUGUGGUGAUUUUUUUUCUCUAAGACUAAUUCUAGGCUCUGGCCAUUAGGCUCUUAACCCUUCAUGCUAGGCUGGUACAACUUGGAUUCUGUGGCCAGCUUGCAGUCCGGGGGUGAGCAGGUUUCAGUCCUUGGAUUGUUUUCUGAAAACUAAAGUGUCCCCAACUGGUGCUUCUUUUGAAGAGGGGUGUGUUACAUCCUCUUAAUCGCAUCUCCUCUGCGGUUGCCUUGGAUCUGUUUCUUUUUAUUUUUCUCUGAGCAGGUCAGAAAUUCUAAUCUUGCCCUUUAAGACGUAAAAGGUAAAUGAGCAUUUUGCUCAUGAGUUCAGCCAAAAGCUUUUGUUGUUGUUUUUUUCCCCCUUUAAAGCCCAACGUUGCCAAUUACUCGUUUUUGUUUAGUUUUCAAAACUCGACAUGGUUAGAUGGUAAUGAAGAGGGGAGAACUGCAUCUUUUAAGCCAAUCCAAUGGACUUAACUAGCCCCUCUUUGGGCAAGCACAGCCUUCUGAUUAUUAGCAGCAGAACAGCUGUGUUGAAACCCACCUACAUGGCUGAAGCAAAUAAGCUUAUCUGUGCCACAGAACGGUUCGGUGUGAACUUUCAGCAGAGGGGAAGGGGAAUGAGGCAUGCCUCCUCAGGAAAAACAGUGGAGGGGGAAGAGUUUCAGUGUGGCACCAUGGGGACCACUUGAGGAAAUUACCCUAAACGUGCAUUGUGCAUCAGUAGCUCUGAAUGCCCAGGUAUCUACAGUAUAAUACAUGUCAUAUGAGGGUCUUUGACUCCAGUGUUAAUAAGGAUCUUACCAGAACUAUACUCCGGCUUAAUACUUCUCAAUCUUCCCAGACUCUAAUUCUUGUAGACUCGUUAGUGUUGAACUGAUGCUUUUUCCAUGUCUAAGUUCUUUGUAUAUGCAUAUUUUUUUCAGAUGUAUUAAACAUAAAGUAUCUUCACAA